CGUGUUCUACGUUUACGUGGAACGUUAUCACGCGAUAUAAAAAUAUUUCUCGUAUGAACACGCGGAAUUAUUAUUAUUGCCAGUGAUUUAUACUCUUUUAUUGUCACUUUAAGCUUUAAAGUCAUAAAUAGUUUUCAUUAUCACGUUGUGCAAAACAAGAUCAUACUUGGAUAACGCCUUUUACAUUAUUGCUGGCCGCUUACAAAAAUUUAAUUCGUUUGAAAAAGGUUAGUUUGACUUAAAAAAAUUCGCGUUCUUUUUUCUUUUGUUUUUAAAAACAAAAUAUGACUUUUGACUGUAAUAGUGCAAACUUUUUUCGCGGAAGUGUUGCUUGUGGGAGUGUUAGUUAAAGCGCAGAGCCGGGUGCGCAGUAACGUUUGGCACCCCUAUAAAGGGAUGGGGGUUGGUCCCGCGCCAUUCACAAGUUUCCCAGCGCCGCCGAAGCUCGCUGGAGAGCUUUCCAUUGAACUUUUGUGAGUGCAACAUUUGUGUCAGCGUGAUGAAAGCGUUUUUCUUCCUGGUUGUUGCACUGUUGGCGGGCGAGGGCAUCAAUGCGCUCCUUUUGCCGGGCAAAGAGUACGGUCGGAUAAAGAGCUCGCCCAUAUUCUCUCACUCGUUCGCGAGGGCGCGACGCAUCCCUAGGCCUUCCCAUCGAGUUAUAGAUCCCACAGAAGAUUGUUUUCUCGUCACAUCUGAGGAAGGUGAGCUAUUCUUCAAAUCACCUUCCGAUGAGCCUACGGUGUGCGGAAUAUACAUGAUAGCGGACCCAGACAAGCGGAUCCAAGUGACAUUCAACUACGUGGACGUGCCUUGCGACAACGGGGGACUCGUUGCGUGGGUGGACGGCUGGGAGCUCAACGGGCAAGUGUGGCCAGCCGACGCGUGGGACGACGACCGAGUGGUGGAAUCCUGUGACCGCAGGCCGCAGAGGAAGCUCAUAUCGCGGCAGAACGCCGCCCUCAUCCAGUACAGAGUGCCUGCCCAGGGAAAAGGAUUCGCCGUCACUAUACGACACUUGAGAAAUGCAAGACCCUGCAACGUCAUGCUGUUCGGUUCUGAGGGUGUGUACACACUGCGGAAUCACGGGGAGACCGGCAACUGCUCGAUCAUCGCAAUCUCUCCUGCUAUCGUGCGCGUUCUGGACCUCAACGUGGGACAGGCUAUGAAGAGGGACGUGGUUGAUAUGGAGACUGGGACUAUUCAUCGUUGUACGAAACGGGGGAUGCUCGACUUCGUGGACAUAGGUGGCGCUAAUGGCCUCGACCACACGAAAAUGGAGAUCCUCGACAGCGUCUGCGGUCUGGACUCUAACGAAGGUCGUCGCCCAGCCUACAUCGCCUGCGAGGACACCGUCGUCCGGUUGGUAUCCAGCGGGAGGUACCACAACUCCGUCACCCUGGCUUUCGCCCCUCUCCCUAUGGAGGACAUCGAACACUCCGACCUGAUCUGCGGACUUAACACCGUGUAACUCGACCCGGACUGCCUCAGGCCACGCCAACACAAAUAACUCCUGUAAAUUCAUUUGGGCUCAAUUAUUCGGGAACUCGAUCACACCUCUCGGAUUACAGGCACUUAGCCUUUAAUUUUAGGGAUUCACCUGAAAUAGUAUUUCAAAUCAAUUAGUUUUAAGAAACAAUAACAAGAUUAUUUGAGGAAACUGAUCAUUUAACCUAAAGUACGCUAUACUGUCAAAUGUUACUAGCUAUUGUCGAAUCAAUGUAGGUAGAGAUAGUGUCGUUAUUCAAUAAAAACUUAAAUAAAAUUAUCUGUCUGCUCCUAAAAUAAACCUAACUGACAUGAAAUUCUACAGCAUUGCAGAAACAGUGGAUUGGAUCAUUUUAUUUUGAACCCGCCUAUACUUUAAAACCUGAUAAUUUUUACUUUAUGUUAAAGUAGACUUAACUUUUAAUCAUUAUUAUUAUUGUUGUUACAAUUUCUAAAUUAUGCUGCUCGUAAUUUUAACAUAAUUUGUGCGAUGUCAAUAAAGAAAAAUAUUUUAAACAGAAAUAGGUAAACCUAUAUUUUAACCAAAAUAACGUUGUCUGAACUAAACUCUUCAUAAUUAUUGUAAUUAGAUGACAAAAGAUGUAUGUCAUUAUUUAGAAUUAAGUUUAUGUGUAAUUAAGGUAGGUAGUAUUAACUGAUUGUAUCUGUCUAGUCAUAAUCAAAAGAAAAUAAUGUAUUUCGCGGCCAUGCAAUACGACACAAUACCCUAGCAGUUUGUCAAUA